AUGGCGGCGCCCAUUAGCAUGUCCAGCAGUUUGGCUUCCGUUUGUCGGAAAGUGGGCAGUUAUCUAUUAAAUUCAGUUUUCAUCGCUCAGACUGCGGCGUGCGGUUACAAAAUGGACACGCAGAGACCAACUAAGGUUUGGGAACAACAUUUACCACAUCUGUGCUCAUGUUUUUAGCUAUUCUAGGACAGUAAACACCUCCUAUUGUUCCUGUCAAGAUAAAAAUGUGUAGUUUUAGAGGACUGUGACUGAUAACAUCUACUGCGCAGUUACACAACCGGUGAAAAAGUCCUGUUAUCGCCUCAAAUGUGAGAUCGAAGGUUAUUUCCAGGUGUUUCAUGUGUGUUUUUGUGCUUCAUGCAGCUGGAGUUUGCGGUGCAGAUGACAUGUGAGAGCUGUGCAGACAAAGUGAGAGCUGCUCUGGAGAAUAAACCAGGUAAAAAUAAGGUGAACAAGAGCCCUGAGUACAUAAUGUCAUUAUAGACUGACUGCCAGAGCUUCAUAUAUAUAUAUAUAUAUAUAUAUAUAUAUAUAUAUAUAUAUAUAACUGUGCUGUUUUUAAUGGAUUUCUGGAAGGUAACAGGGAUAAAAUCAGACAUAGUCACAUGUCUGUCAUGUGUUCGUCUGGCUUUUCUUCAUGCAUUUCUCUGCAGACUGCUCCCAGUCUCUGAUGUUUCUCAGUAAAGCAAAGAAAGAUGUUUUUAUAGCAGUUUGAGUCUCUCAAAGGCGAUUUAAUGAGUCUCAAAUUCAGACUCUUAGAGGUUUAUCUAGUUCUCAGGAUGUUUUUAACCCUAUAAUGCCCGAAACCACAAAUUACAGACAGAAAAUUCAAUUUUUUUAAGCUGAAAUGUUUAUUUCACUUACUACUGAAAACCAAAAACAUCAAAAUGUCCUCAAAAUAUAAAUAAAAUAUGUAUUUUUUUUAUCUGGUUUGAUACAUUAGAUGUUUUUGGAGGACAUUUUUAUCAUUUUUCCGACUGUAUUCAGGUGUUUUUUAGUAAUUUGUUGAUCAUAUUGAUUGAUAGAAGUUUCAUAAAAGUAUGAAUCAAAUAUGAUACAAAAGACAAUAAAGGGUUAAAGGUUUUUAAAGGACUUAAAGUGCAUUUGUAGCACUUUCUUAGUGCAACUAAGGAGAAAAUGUAAAUGUUCUUUACUUAUACAGCCCUUUACAACAACCCUUUCAGUAAACCAAAGUGAUUUACAAUACAUAGAAAAUAAAAAUGAAUAAUUAAUGAAUGAAUUUCAAACUUUCCCAUUGCUCUUUACAAGAAAACGUCUCUGAAGUUGUAAAAGUAAAAACACAGUCUGCACAUGAAGGAGGAUACAACACACAGCUGUAUGUGACUGUCUCGAUUCUGUCGCUGUGUUUUCCAGGAGUCCAGUCUGUAUUCGUUGAUGUCGGUAAGGAGCAGGUGUUGGUGGAGUCUGCUCUGACCAGCGCAGAGGUUCAGGCUCUGAUAGAGAGUACGGGACGCAGAGCCGUGCUGAAAGGCAUCGGAGGCUCAGAGCAAGGUGAGGAAACACUCCGCUUUACAACCUUAGAAAUCAAAUCAAUCCAUCAAUGAAUCUUUAAUUAUUUACAGCACCAGUUUACGACACGAGAUGCUCAACAAAAAGUUCAAGAUAAAGACAGAGUUUUAACUUUUCCAGACGUGUUUAGCAGAGAUAAUCCCUCAAACUCGGCUGAUUUGCAGCUGCAUGAGUCAUCAGACAAAGACAGCAGGUCUGCACUUCUGAGGAAAAGUGUUAAAAAUAGUCAGUGUCUGUUUUCUUCAGAUAAAAACAUCAACUCAGAGGUGUGCUCCAGACACUCCAGACACAUCAAAGCUGAGUAUCACUCCUUAAAUAAACUGGAGGAACAUUUAAAAACAUCUAAAAGUACAAACUGUUCAUGUUUGUGUGUUUGUAACAGACCUGGGGUCAGCGGUGGCCAUGCUGGCAGGUGAGGGAAACAUCGUGGGUGUUGUGCGUUUCCUGCAGCUCUCAGAGGAGCGCUGUUUGAUCGACGGGACCGUUGACGGGCUGGAGCCGGGGUCUCACGGCCUCCACGUCCACACGCUGGGGGACCUCACUCAGGACUGCCUCAGGUAGGGUCAUUACAGGUGCAAAGAUCUGUGUUUGUUUUAUGUUGAUAUGAGACUGAAUUUCUUCUUUUCUCUUCACAGCUGUGGGGAUCACUUUAACCCCUCUGGACGAGAACACGGCGGCCCGGGAGACUCUGAGAGGGUAGAGUCGAAGCUUUUAUUCAGAAUUCAGAAAAAUGACUCCGUGAUAGUACCAGAGAUUUAAAGGGAUAUUCCUGCAUAAAAUUAAUUUAGGUCAAACACACUAUAACACCGAGUUAGACACCCGUCAAGAGACGAAUCUUGCCGACCACUUACUUCUCUAGUUAUACAAACUUUAGUAACGACCGCACGCUAGCAAUACACAGCGGUCUGAGGAACCAUAAACAAAGCUCAACCAAAACUCCACUCUAUAGCCACAAAUAGUUUUCAAUCUUUCAAUCACUCCUCUGCAUCUUCAUUCACUCUGUCUUCGGUGUUCUCUUCUUCAGCAUGUCGGCGAUCUGGGAAACAUCGUCGCUGGACCAGACGGUCGAGCAUCAUUCAGACUGGAGGACAAUCAGCUGAAGGUGAAAUUGAUACAAACAAGUAAAGUUUUCUCAUCAAAACAGCUUCAUUGAUGUCUUUUUGUUCGUGUUUUAGGUGUGGGAUGUGAUUGGUCGAUCGCUGGUGGUGGAUGCAGGAGAGGACGACCUGGGUCUAGGCGGUCACCCUCUCUCUAAACAGACUGGAAACUCUGGAGAAAGGUGAAGUCCUGGAGAUAUUACAGGGUUCGACUGUGCGACCGUUUCACUCGCAUUUGCGGCUACAAAAAUAGAUGUGUGCGAACUGUAAAACAUAUUUAGCGGCACAUGUACGGAUAAAAAAAAUCCACCGAGGUUGCUAAUGUUUUUUCAUGUAAAUACCGCAGUGAAGUUAGUUUUAGGUUGGAUAUUUGACAGACAUGCACCACGGAUCUACCAGUGUCUUCUCACUCUCCAUAACCGGGAAUAGAAACAGCAGCGCAGUUAAAUCUACUCGUCAACAUUGGGUGUUGAAUAAGGGACCAUCAAUAAAUUACCGCUUGACGUUCUCAAAAAAGGCUGUUUUCCUUCAAUAGCUUCCAUGUCACGUGACCAAUUGACCUAAAAUCGAUUUCAAAUAAAAGUACUUAUGUCGACUAGUAAGACACACAUAAUUUGAUCAAUUCUCAUUGUGCCCCUAAAGUUCUUUGUUUGCCCACUCCACUCUGGAGUUCCAGUUUAGUCCAGUCCUUUGAGCGUGGGUCCCAUGUACAGAUGCUUUAGUCCUUGACUCUCUAUAGUGUUGUGUCGUUCGCGAAUGAUUCGUUCAAAAGAACCGAAUCUUCUGAGUAAACGUACUGAACCGAAUCACUUCAUCGAGUGAUUCGUUCGUUUCGAAACAGCAUUGUCAGGUCAGCAGCGAACGAGGGACCACAUGCACCGACGCCUGAAUCACUUGGUGAAUGAAUCACACAUUGAACUGCACUCUCUGCAAUCAUUUUUGUUGGACAAAACGACCUUUUUUGUUGUUUUACUGCUAAAUUGCCACCACAAAAACUUGCAUCCAAUAGGACACAGCAUGUAACAAGUAGUGCAUUAAAACCCACAACAUCCUAUCAUUGCAGCGGUCUGUGAGGGAACGAAUCACUCACUGAGCCCAAUUUACUGAGCAGACCUGACAAAUAGCAUACUAUAGGAGAGUACACUUAAAACAUCAUGACUUAAAAACAUGUUCAUUUUUACGAAUCUGUUUGCCAAAGAAACACAGCCAAACACUCUCGUCUCCUGGUCCUAGAAGCGAUGAACUGAACUGAAUCCUGAACCGUUCAGCUGUGUAUCAGUUCAGGAGGUCGGAGUCGCAGGGUUCUCCCACCGAGAGCUAAAUGUUUCAAUGAUUUGGUGAACGAAUCUUUUGAACGAAUCUUUUUAGUGAACUGAUUCUAGUGAUUCAGUAUGAUGGUCAUAUAUUAUAACUUAAAAUUUUUAACAAAGAAACACCAAUAAGCUCAACGAAAACAAUUGUGUAGCAUGGCAACAGUGGAGGAGGCUUCUUGAAUGCCUUAAAGAGACAGUAGAUGAAAUUAAGCUUUACAGACAGAAGCAGAAAUGAGGGUUUUCAAAAAAACUCACAACCCAUAUCCAACAUUUGGGACCUUCUUGUCCAGGAGGUUGGAGUCGCAGGCUUCUCCCGUCGAGCGCUAGAUGUUUCGGUGAUUUGGUGAACGAAUCUUUUGAACGAAUCUUUUUAGUGAACUGAUUCUAGUGAUUCAGUACAUCUAAAAGAACUGCAGUGCCCAUCACUAACUCUCUGGUUUGACUCCCUGCCCUGAGCCUUCCCUCCUCAGUCUCCCCUCAGCUGUCCUGAUGUUGACGCCGAUUUUCUUCUCCACAGACUGGCGUGCGGGAUCAUCGCCCGAUCGGCGAGCCUCUUCCAGAACCCCAAAAAGAUUUGCGCCUGCGACGGCGUCACGAUAUGGGAGGAGAGAGACAGGCCGAUCGCCGGGCAAGGUCGCAGCAAGAACUCGGAGACUCCGACGGCGAACCUCUGA